AGGAGUAUGAGGAGGAUGAAGAGGAGGCUGCAUCCAGCUGCUCUGUGGCCGCCUCGUCUGCUUCUCUCCGCGGUCAAAGGACGACGCCAGCAGCGCUAAAGUGGGGAGGGGAGGGCUGCGAUGGAGCCAGCGGCCGCCUACGGAGCCGCCAAAGCCGGGAACAUCGCCUUCGACCCGGUCGCUUUCUUCACGCAUCCUCGGACCAUCUUGAGGCUGCUGUCGUGGGUGUUCUCCAUCGUGGUGUUCAGCUGCAUCGUCAACGAGGGCUACAUCAACAUUGGCAGCGAGCGCUUGCUCUGCGUCUUUAACAACAACGCCGACGCCUGCAACUACGGCAUCACCGUGGGCGUGGCCUGUUUUCUGGGCAGCAUCUUCUUCCUCAUCCUGGACGCUUACUUUCCCUCCUUGAGCAGCCUGAGGGACCGACGACGCGCCGUUCUGCUCGACCUCGUCUUCUCGGGCCUAGCCAGCUUCCUGUGGUUCGUCGGCUUCUGCUUCCUGGCCAAUCAGUGGCAGGCGACGUCUCCCGAUGAGCUGCCGCUGUCGCAAGGCUCCGACGCCGCCCGGGCGACCAUCGCUUUCUGCUUCUUCUCCAUUCUCACGUGGGCGGUUCUGACUCUGAGCGCACUCCGUCGCUUUCUGUCGGGCUCCCACGCCAACCUGUUUACAUGGCAACACCUGGACCCCGCCCCUGGCCACGCCCGUGCCACGCCCUACCCCAUCGCCAACGGCGCCACCAUCGUGACCACCAAGCCCUACCAGGCCCCGCCCUUCACCGAAACCCUGGACCCCCAGAAGCUCACGCAACAACACAGACCGGUGGCGCCGGCCUUCUAGGGACCGCCACGGCGAAGAGGGCGGGCUUUGUGUCCCGGCUAUGUGUUGUUACCAUGGCAACCGCCGCCUCAACUUACAUCCUUUGUCCCUCGGUGUCUUCACAAACGCACUUGCUGACGUAACUUCACUCUCACACGCGCACGCCUCGCACUGGCUGACCAAUCACAUGCGUUCUAUUGGCUGGAAAGAUGAUUGACAGGCAAGAGAGAUAGCAGGAUUUUCUUAGCAGCUUCCUGAAUGCUGUAGUGCUCCACUAUGAAAUAUUCAUGUGAUUUAAUAUUUUAUUGUGAUAUGCUCAAGCGUAUGAUGAAAAAUAAAACCAGCACCACUA